UUACUGCGUUAAACCACUGCUCGCAAUAUGGGUGACAGGCUUGUUGAGACAAUGAUAUUGGAAAUUAUCUGCAAUCGGCGCGCGGGUGAGGCAUGGCCAGAUUGUUUUUGUUUAUUGCGUCCCUCGUGAUCGUGGCCACACAUACUGCAGCUGAAGAAGAUGGAUGCGCGUACUGUGUCGGCGAUGAGUUUGAGUGUGUCAAUGGGCAUUGCUACUGCGCCUAUAAAUUCGUGCCCAACUUCUACCAGAACACCUGCGUCAAAUGUCCAGCGUUAGGAGAAAAGUGUUACGGGCCGUGCUGCAGCGAGCACGGGAAUGAGACCCUGCAGUGUUGGCACGGCGUUUGCCAGAAAUGCUAUGGACCUCACGGGAACUGGAUCUGCAGAGACCCCAUCGACCAAAUUAUAUUAAUUUCUGGCUCGCAAAUAAUCAUGGCGGCGGCGCUCGUGCUUGGCAUAUUCGCUACAUUCAUACUAUUGUACAAAAUGUGUGCCGCCACCAGUAUACGAGGACUCGGUACUAGAUCUGUCAACUGCGAGGGUAGGCUUUCAGUGGGGAGCUUACAGAUACACGUCGACGAAAGAUUACGAGACGCUCCACCAAGAUAUUCCAGGGCAGCCCCUGCUGGCUCAGCUAUUUACCCUGCAGCCGUUUACUUAAAUGCCGGCUUUAUACACGAUAACAGCCUGCCACCACCUCCAUAUAGCGCUGAAAGGAAGGAUGAGACAAGCCAAAACACAACGUUACAUCUAUGAAAAAAAUAAUUUAAGUAUGGUUUUAUGUCAUAUUCUAUUAAUUAAUUAUAUUAUUA